CGACCGAUUGAAUUAGAUCACCGAUCUUCUCUUUUCUAGUUCAAUCAUUUAGGUCGAAUCCAAGUCAACAUCCACUUGACCAUUUUCGAGUUUUCUUAAACGCGUCUAUCAAGUGAAUCACGAGAUUUUUCGCCAUGGCUGAAGUAGAGAACGAGAAUCUGGAGAUAGAUCUCUUCGCAGACUUAUACGAUGACGAUGGCGCACCAGCCUCGAUUCCAGCAGCAGCAGCACCUGCUGCGCAACCGUCGAACCCCGUCCCUGCCCCAGCUACUACUUCGUUCAACCAACAGCCAGCAGUAGAGUCCUACAGUAGACCUGAGAACGAUCAAGACCACAACGAUGUAGCUCAUACGAUUGAGGAGAACGGCUAUGGUGACGAAUACCAAGAUGAUAAUUAUGAUGACGACGAUGAUGUUGAUUUUAACUUGGGUAAUGGUCCUACUGGUGCUGUUACCGCAGUUCAUAAUCACCAAGAUGACUCUUCUGUGUUUCAUACUACCCGAGGACCUAGUGCUAAAGAAGACGGGUAAGUAUUUUCCCUUUAGAUCUUGUUUUUGUUUCUGUCCUAGUUUUCUGCCAGUUUAUUGGCCCUAAAAGAGCCCUACUUCGUCUCUCGCCUCUACAAGACCAGGUCAAAACGGUAUUUAGAGCAUGCUUAGAUGCUCAAAGCUUUUGGUUCGGGAGAUGC